AGGUCAGUGAGCCGGCAGCUGUGCGCGCGUGUUGACGUGGACCGCGGAGGGACGGAGCGCCGCCGAACCAGCAGCGCCCGCUGACCCCCCUGACACGGGACGGAGACCUUUGAGACGGCUCUGAACUUGAUGCAGGCGCCCAUUACGGACCUGUCUCCUCAGUAGUAUGAGCGGUGCCCUAUGGAGUCUGGUAUCAGCACUGCUCCUUCUUGCUACGUCAGAAGGUAGCCCGUACGUGUCGGAGGGUGCGCGGCCGCAGCCGCCCGAGGCCGCCUUCCCGCCGGAGGGCGCCGGCCCGCCGCCGGUCGGCGAUGCCGUCUCUCCGCCGGAGGAGGUGGCUGCCGCAGCCGCCGAGUGGGCCGCGCGGCGCCGCUCCUUCUCCGGGCACUCGCGGGACGACAACCGCCUGCCGCCCUCCGAGUACGUGCUGCCGCCCGAGCUGAGCCGGCUGUUCAACGCGCGGGUCACCGUCAGCAGCGGCCGGGAGGUGCGGCUGUCUGACGUGGAGUCGCUCAACUUCACCGCCAUUCAGGUGGAGCUGGACGGCCUGCUGGACGAGCAGCGGACCGGUGUCAACCGGCAGGGCAGGAUGUUCCCCUCGUUCCUGACGUCGGCCACGGCGCUGCUGGACAUCAAACAGGUCUGGCGAGAGAUCGAGACGUCCGUCAUGUCGUCAGUCUCCUGCACCGCCUGCAAGGCCGGCGUGGGACUGCUGCAGCACUACGUCUCCACGGGUCGCUCCAAGGGCGAGAUCGUGCGCGCCGCCGUCAAACUCUGCCGUAGCCUUCAGUUUGAGAGUCCGCGGGUCUGCGAGGGCAUCAUUCACCUGUUCGCGGACGAGGUGAUAUUUGUGUUCCAGCGGAUCGCGCUCUCGCCCGACGAGGUGUGCGGCAUGGUGGUGGGCGACGUGUGUGCCACGCCCUUCAACCCGUGGCACGAGUGGACCGUACCGCUACCCAGCAUACCCAAGCCGUACACGCCCACACCCGAGCCAGACCCGGAGGCGCCUACCGCACGUGUUCUGCACAUCUCCGACACUCACUUUGACCCGUACUACAAGGAGGGCACGGACGCCGACUGCGGCGAGCCACUCUGCUGCAGGGAGACCAGCGGCUACCCGAAGCGGAAGCGGGCGGCGGCCGGCUUCUGGGGCGACUACCGGCGCUGCGACACGCCGCUCAGAACCAUCGAGAACAUGCUGCAGCAGAUCGCUGACGUUCACGGACCGACGCUCGACUACAUUAUCUGGACCGGUGACCUUCCGCCGCACGAUGUCUGGAACCAGACCCGACACGAAAACAUCAACAUCAUCCGCCAGAGCCACCAGCUGCUGCUGAAAUAUUUCCCGCAGACCCCCAUCUUCCCGGCACUGGGCAACCAUGAGGCCGCUCCGGUCAACAGUUUUCCUCCCCCGGAGAUUGGUGGUCGCCACUCGGUCUCCUGGUUGUACGAUGAGCUCGACAAGGAAUGGCGUCGCUGGCUGCCCGAACAGACUUCGGCCACCGUCCGGCGAGGCGCCUUCUACUCUGUGCUCGUCAAACCCGGGUUCCGCAUCGUCUCGCUCAACAUGAACUACUGCAACAACAAAAACUGGUGGUUGCUGUUGAACGCCACUGACCCCGCCCAGGAGCUGAGCUGGCUCAUUUACGAGCUGCAGUCGGCAGAGCUGAACGACGAGAAGGUGCACAUCCUGGGCCACAUCCCGCCCGGGCACACCGACUGUCUGGCCGUCUGGUCGAAAAACUACUACCGCAUCGUCGAUAGGUACUCGGGCACCAUCGCCGCCCAGUUCUUCGGUCACACUCACUUCGACGAGUACAGCCUGGUGUACCCUGUGGCGGCUCCUAACGGCUCGGAGCCAGGGCCCGUGAACGCCUCGUCGGUCAUGUACAUAGCGCCCAGCAUUACCACCUACGUCAGCCUGAACCCGGGAUACCGGGUGUAUGACGUGGAGCGGGACGGCAACAAGAUGGUGGUGGACCACGAGACAUGGGUGAUGGACCUGGACAAGGCCAACCGGUUCGGUCGGCCGCACUGGUACCGGCUGUACUCGGCGCGCAAGGCGUUCGGCAUGGCCAGCCUGGCGCCGCACGAGUGGGACCGGCUGGUCCACCGGAUGGCGCUCGACGAGCGGCUCUUCCAGAAGUACUACCGGUUUUACAUGAAGGCGUCGCCGGUGCGGCCCAAGUGUGACGCCGAGUGUAAGAAGCGGCUGCUGUGUGACAUCGUAUCGGGCCGAUCCAACGCCAGACAGUUCACCUGCAAACGGUUGGAGAAGCAGUUUGAGAAGGCGCAGAGCCGCGCCGGCUGGAUGGCCCGGAUGGGCGACUACCUGGGCAUGACGCCGUUUGUGAUCGGUGCGAUCAUGAUCAGUGUACCUCUUCUGUACUUUACCGUCGGAUGAAAAUGCUGGAGUUUUGUAUUGGCCCCGGUGGGAUAGGCGGAUAACAGUCUCUUUCUCGUCGGUGUCGACUCCGGUGCCAACUCUCGUCACUAUCGGACUACAUAGAAUGGAGCUCAAAGAUCAACGCUGGUGAAAGGCGUGUAUAAGAUCAAUCGGUGCAUAAUUGUAACCGGUACAGUACGGUGGAACCAAGACCGGUGAACGAAGGCAGCUCACGAAAUAUUAACGGUGGUUUAUGUCCAGUCUCCUGCCGGUUUGAUGCCAUGCUGCGACCACGCAAAGUUACCAUGUGCAGGAGAGGGCGCUCGGGUCCCGUCCGUGGUUUGGUGCCGACGGUGAGCGCGAUAACCUAGUCACUGUGAGUGAACUGCGAGUGAAUGUAGGACAGUUUGGGUACGGAGGGAGCCGCGACAGUUGCCCGCGUCUGUCUGGGAAGAGCUGAGCUGAGGGUGAAACUGUGCCUGCCUGUGACUGGGUAAUAGAGACUGAGUGAUUCAAAAUUGAGACCGUGUAACUGAUUGAUCCCACAACUGAUUUAGUGUCUUGAGGCCGUCAUUAAGACUGUAGCUGGCGUCGAUGGAUCAUCAGACUGCUUGCGAAGCUGGGUGUGAAUCUGUAAAUGCGUAUUGAUUUCGACUCGUGUAGUUUGGAUUGUGUUAGUUUGAGGAUAAGCCAAUUGAUGCGUGACUGCGAGGUAGGUGCGAGGUAGGUAUAUCAGUGUAAAUACUCGUCUGAAAGAUAAGUGACGUUUCGGGUUGGUGGUUAAUUGAGGAUGUCGUGACUUGUGAGGAAUGUUUUAGAAUUCUGUAAGUCAG